CGAGGCAGCGGCGGCCGCUGCGGGGGCCGAGGCGCGGUCGCGAGGCGGGCACGGGCCCGUGGCCCCAGAGCCGGGGAGCCGAGAGAGGCCGGCGCAGGGCCCGGCCCAGCGUAUCGCCGCCCGCCCCGGCCCGGCCCCGGCCCCGGCCCCGGCCCCGGCCCCGGACAGGGAGGUUCGCCCCUGAGCUUUGCUCAGACUCAUUGUGUGAGGACUUUGACAUCCUGGGUGGAGGGAAGGGGGGCUUCCCCCAUCCCUCCUCAAGCUGCUACCAUCAUGGCUCAGACCCUGCAGAUGGAGAUCCCCAACUUUGGCAACAGUAUCCUGGAAUGCUUGAAUGAGCAGAGGCUGCAGGGUCUCUACUGCGAUGUGUCAGUGGUGGUAAAAGGCCAUGCUUUCAAGGCGCACCGUGCUGUCCUGGCUGCCAGCAGCUCCUACUUCCGGGACCUUUUCAACAGCAGUAAGAGUGCAGUGGUGGAGCUGCCCGCCGCUGUGCAGCCCCAGUCCUUCCAACAGAUCCUUAGCUUCUGCUACACUGGCCGCCUCAGCAUGAAUGUGGGUGACCAGUUCCUCCUCAUGUACACUGCUGGCUUCCUCCAGAUCCAGGAGAUCAUGGAGAAGGGUACAGAAUUUUUCCUCAAGGUGAGCUCACCCAGCUGUGACUCACAGGGCCUCCACGUCGAGGAAACACCCUCGUCAGAGCCUCAGAGUCCCGUAGCCCAGACCUCCAGCUGGCCAGCUUGCAGUGCCCCACUUCCCCUUGUCUCUCGAGUUAAGACUGAGCAGCAAGAGUCAGACUCAGUUCAAUGCACGCCUGUAGCCAAGCGGCUAUGGGACAGUGGCCAGAAAGAGGGUGGUAGCAAUGGCAGCCGCAAAAUGGCCAAGUUCUCGAGCCCAGACUUGGGAGGGAACCGAUCCCAGCAGCCGCAGCCCCUAGCACAGCAGCCUCAGCAGCAGCAGGUGCCCCAGGGCAUGGCACCCGCCCCAGUGCCAGCAGGGGCAGCAGGGAUGGGGAGCGGGCCCAGCACAUCAGAACGGACCAGUCCUGGGACAUCCAGCGCCUACACUAGUGAUAGCCCCAGUUCCUACCAUAAUGAAGAGGAUGAGGAGGAGGAUGCAGGGGAGGAGGGCUCUGAUGAGCAGUACCGCCAGAUCUGCAACAUGUAUACGAUGUACAGCAUGAUGAAUGUAGGCCAGACAGCUGAAAAGGUGGAGGCCCUGCCGGAGCAAGUGGCCUCUGAGUCCCGCAACCGAAUCCGGGUGCGGCAAGACCUGGCCUCUCUGCCAGCCGAGCUCAUCAACCAGAUUGGCAAUCGAUGCCAUCCAAAGCUCUACGACGAGGGUGACCCUGCUGAGAAGCUGGAGCUGGUAACAGGCACCAAUGUAUACAUCACAAGGGCACAGCUCAUGAACUGUCACGUCAGUGCGGGCACAAGACACAAAGUCCUCCUUCGUCGACUCCUGGCCUCCUUUUUUGACAGGAACACUCUGGCCAACAGUUGUGGCACAGGCAUCCGAUCUUCCACCAAUGACCCUACCCGAAAACCCUUGGACAGCCGGGUCCUCCAUGCUGUCAAGUUCUACUGCCAGAACUUCGCCCCGAACUUUAAGGAGAGCGAGAUGAAUGCCAUCGCAGCGGACAUGUGCACCAAUGCCCGAAGGGUGGUGCGUAAGAGCUGGAUCCCCAAGCUGAAGCUCCUCAUGGCUGAGGGCGAUACGUACACGACCUUCAUCAAUGACACAGGCAAGAUGGAGCCCGACAUGAUGGGUGUGGAGCACGGCUUUGAGACGGCCAGCCAUGAUGGGGAUGCUGGGCCCUCAGCCGAAGCCCUCCAAUAACCCUUCCCCCCCUCUCUGCCCUGUCUGACCUAGCCUUUCCUGGCUUGUACUCCUCCUCCUCUUCCCCAGUCGCAGGCUGCCCUUUGGCAAGGGGUUCCCUCUGCCUUUCAUUUUGGACUUUGUUAUUCUUUGGUUAACAUCCCCUCCUGUCCUUGGUCCAGUUUGCCAGAAUGGACGUGUGAUCACUGCACGAUGCUGUCUGUCCCAUUCCCUCCCUCCUCCCCCCAACAGCACCACUUCUUUCCCAUGGGGCACAUAGCACCAAGGAGCAGAAAUCCAGGUGGAUUGUGUGGUCCUGUGGGGUGGGUUGAAGUGGGAAAUCUCUCCGGUCUCUUCCCACCCUGUUUACCAUUUCUUGAAAGGCACUGAGAGUGGUUGGGAAAGUGUCAAACAUGAUUUUGUUUCCUUUACUUUUUUUUUUUUAAACAAACACUCAGAAUGAUCUAACUAUAUAUAUAUAAAGAGAGAGAAAUCUAUAGACCUAGAAAUAAUAUAUAUAUUAUAAAAAUAUUUACCAGGAAAGGAAAAGCAUGUUCGUCCUACAAGCAAGAGAAAAUGAGUAACAAAUUGCCUUUCAGUGGCAAAUGCUCCCCACCCCCAAACUCCCAAGUCAGUGCCCCAGUAGUAUCCUUUGGGAGUGGGUAUCAGGGAUUUGGACUUUCUCCCUGCCCUUCCUGAAGAUUGCCCUUGGAGGCUAGACUUGGCCUCUGGCUCUCUUUAUACUUUGUUCUUCCAGGCCUCCAGUCUGCAUUUCUGCCGUUCUUCCUCUUCCUUCAUAGAGCUUCUGGCUUUUUUCACCUUCAUUCUUAGCCCACUUUUCCAAAACAUCUUCCCAUCUAUUUAAUUUUAUUAUUGGGACAUCCUGUGGGAUGGUAAGGGCAACUGGCAGUAAUGCCACUUAACAGAGAGGAAAUUGAAGUGUUUCCCCCCAAUUUUUGCCUCUCAAGUAAAGUGAUCUGCCCAGUGUCACAGCAAGGGAGUGGCAGGGUGUGGACAAAAACGAGAAGAACAAGAACAAGUUCCCAAACUGAUGGGCCAGUGAUCUUUGUUCCACCAGACUCCAGCAGCCUCGGAUCUUUAAUUCAUUUUUGUUCUUUUUGGAGGAAGGAACAGGUGCUGAAUCAGGAGUCUUAUGUAGGAAGAGAGGAAACAGAGAGAGACUGUGAGAGUGUGAUUGUGAGUGUGUGUCAUCACUAGAGUAGGAAUGACUUGAAUGGUUUUGCUUUGGCAAAACAAGAUGGAAUCUGAAGUGUUCCUAGGGAUAGUGGAGUAGGACAGGCAGGAAGGGGAGCAGUGAGGCUGAAGUUGGACUCCUUUAUGUGUCACAUGAACCUCUCCUGAGAGGUAGCAACCCUGUGGCUCUCCUCCCUGUCCAGUCCUUUCCUCUACCCGUCCUGAAGCCCUGUGGACAGACUUUAAAAAUGUAGCAAGUCCUAUGGAAAUGUCAAGACCUAUAGAAUUUUCAACCAAUAUGACUUCCCAUGAUCCUCUUUACCUCCCAAGCCUGUAGGCCUGGUGGGCUUAGUUGUUCCUGGGGUCUUGAAGGUGUUGGGGAACAGUGUGAGAGAAAUCUAUCCACAUUCUAUGGGCUUUGUCAAUUUUUCUUUAAACUAGCCCUUCUGUCUUUUCUGGUCCUCAUUUCUGCCAAUCCAUGGCUUUCCCGCUGAGACUCUUGACAUGUCCAGCCUGGUCAGGCCCUACUAAAGGUUAGUUCUCAUUUCAAAUAAGCUGAGUUGUGGCUAUUCCCUUUCCUUAAUUAAGGAUGUUUUCUAGUUUGUUAUAUGUGAACAUGGAUAGGGGAGGAGGGGACAUCUUUAUUUCAUUUUUGUUUGCCUCUCUUCUCUCUCCCCCAUCCUCAGAUCCUGGGUGACCUCUCUCCCAAAGUUAGGGUGCUCCUUUAGGCCAAAUCCUAUAUUCUUUCUGAAUGUCUCAUUGGUUCAGAGAUUUAGAGGUGGAGGGGAGGGACCUGAGAGGUCAUCUGGUUUAAUUGAGGCCCCCAGAAGUUACAUGACUCCCCCCAGCAGGGCCAGGACGAGCAGCUGACUAUCUUUCAUGUUAUUUUCUCUCCACCACUGUCUCUGCUGGGGCUGGGCACAACACAGGUGCUCAGACCUGAGCUACCUGCAGAGUCACUUCUACCUCCUCCUCGGACUUCAUUGGAGUGGUGCCAUAGGAUCAGGGAUGGAUUGGGGGGAAGAGCACAAACUUGUUGGACCCCCUCAGAAUCCUAGCUUUGUCAGUAGCUCUGUCCAUUGCCACGGUGGGUGCAUCCAUUCUUUCUGCUCUUUAGCUAGUCAUAAGUAUUUACAUGCUGACUACAAGCCAGAAACAGGCCUAUGUGCUGCAGAAAGAAAAAAGGGGAAACUAAACAGUCCCUGCCCCCAUGAGGAGUUUACUUUUGAAUGUCAGUAAUUCCCAGCCUUCUCUCUGCUUUAUUUAUGUUCCUUAGAAGGGGCAAAGCAAGGGCUGCCUGAGAGUCUGAAUGGCUGGGACUCUCCUCUCCUCUUUGGCCAACUUGCUGGCCAGGAGUCCUCUUUGUAAAUGCCCGGUGUCACUGUUUAGGAUGGAGCCAGCGGUGGGGCUGGCCCCGAUCUGUCUGUUUUUUCUGGAUUGGGGUCGACUUGUAGGCAGAAUAAUAGGAGGCCUUCCCCUCUCAUUUUCUGGCCUUUUUUUCUGCUUUCUAAGGACCUUGCUCUGGGCCCAGCAUGCUCUAUUCUGCUAUCCAUAAGGAUAGCUGAGGGGUCACCUGUGAGUCUGGCCCUGUAAGACCAGGAGUAGUAGUGAGGGGCACAUGCACUUUGAAGGAGCUCCCGUCCCAGGACCUCAAGACUUUGGCACAGUGUACCUAGGAGAGCCACUCUCACUCCCUCCUCCCGCCCCGCUCAUUAAUUGAGGCUGCAUUACUUUGGAAGAGGCCAUUUGAAGAAAAUGUUCCCCCCUUGCCAGUUUCCUGAAGCUAGCCUAUGUUUUGUCUGUCUGAUCUUUCCUAGUUCCUCAGGAUAAAACCCUUUUUAAAUGACCCUACUAGUCUACUCAGUGUAAGCUAAGAAAGAGAGGGAACAAGCGAAUUUUUUUCCUCCAGUUGUGUACCCCACAGCACCAGAGCCCUCUUGUGUCACAUUCUAUAUGUCCACUUCUCGGUCACUUUCCUAAGCCCCUGAGAGGGACACUAGAUCUUUCUUGCCCUAAAAUACAAGCACCUUAUCUGCCCUCCCACCCUUAAAACUGUCCUAAUUCCCCUUCCCCAAAUCUCCCAAAGCACAAGGCCCCUCAAGGUGUUCUAACUGGAGUCACCUGUGAGGUUCUGGGACCAAAUUGGGGGAGGAGAUAUCAGUAAGGAAGGGAGGCAGAGUGGGAGAGCCCCUUCUCAUCUUGGUGCCUGGCGAAGAGAGGAAGGACAGUAUGUGUAUCCCUUAUGUAUUGUGUCCCCAAAAUCCAGCUGUGAAUUAUGUAGCCUGUGGAGCUGCCUGUCAUUAAUGAGGGAUAGGAGGGGGAGAACAGAUCAUGGGGGUAGGCCGGCAUUAAAAUUUAAAAUUGGGUUGUCUGCCAGCCUUGCGUCAGCACAUUCCUGCCCUGCUCCAGCUUAGGCCCUGGAGCCUUUUGUCCCAACACUAUCACUAGCUCAGAGCGUUGAGAUUCAGCCCCACCUAGCCUGAGCUCUCCCCCCAGUGUGAUCAUUAUUCAGAGUGUCUACCCCUCUCCCUUCUGCAACCCUUAAUUGGACCCCAAGUUCCUCCCUUUAGGCUGCAGCCUCUGCUUCCCUAGGAUCCUCUAUUUCAUACACCUGGAAGCUUGAGAGGAGGUGUCAUUUAGCAAUAAAGGAGGCAGCUAAAGGCGAGGGGAAUAUGGAGAGAGGAGACUUGUGCAUUUCCAAAUUCCAUGGUUGUAAGCGGAUGUUUGUUCCAUGAUCCCGAGAACCCUAGACUUGGAGCUGAAAACGACUUAGAAUCACCUUGUCCAGAUGCCAAAAGGUGCAGAGCUUGGAGGGGGCCUGAGGGACUGUGCUGAAGUGGGCUGAGGAGGGGGGGAGGGGAGUCAGCUCCUCCCAGGAGAGCCAAAGACAAGGGUUGUGCCUUACCAAAGGGGGGCUGCCCCCUUCCUUCUCCUCCCUCCUCCCCAGGGUCCUGCUCUUCAAUUUCCUUUCUCAAACAUCCCUCAUCUACCCCUUCCCUCUUCCCCCCAUUCGCCUUUCUGCUGAGCUGCAUGGCCCAGGAAUGCUGGGUGCUUUCUGCUGAUGCUGCAGCUGCUUCUCCACCAACCACCCUCAGAAGUCAGGCCCAAAAUCAAGUUUUCCACAAAAAAAGGAAGAAAAAAGACAAAAAACAAUCUCCCCAGACCCUGGGGCUGCCAGGAUUUGUCUGUGUGAAGUGCCAAUGACCUUGUGACCUUCAGAAAACACACACAAGGCUCCCCAGUCCCCAGCCCGCCUCACCCCCGUGACCCCAGUAAUGAGGCUUGCACAUUAACUACUGUAAAGAGGAGCAGAGCUGGAGAAAUGUGAAUAAUAAUACUGAAUAAUAAAUAAUGGCAUUUGUAA